AUGGACCAGAGGACGACGAAUCUGGUAUUGGUGAUGAUACUGUCCGUGAUUGUACUGUCUGGUACUGGCCAAGCUGAGCUCAGUUCGACCUUCUACGACUCAUCGUGCCCGAAUUUGUCAACCAUUGUGUCGAGUCAAGUGGCUAGCUCUGUUGCUGCUGAGGCUCGAAUGGGUGCAUCUCUGAUGAGGUUACAUUUCCACGAUUGCUGGGUCAAUGGAUGUGAUGGAUCUGUGCUUCUGGAUGAUACGGCGACAUUCACGGGAGAGAAAGCCUCGAUCUCUAAUAAUAAUUCACUGAGAGGCUUCGAUGUCAUAGAUGUUAUCAAAGCUGAUCUUGAAGCUCAGUGCCCUGAUACUGUAUCAUGUGCUGACAUUUUGGCCUUGGUACACCUGAAGGAAAUACACAACCUUGUUGUACUGUUAGCAGUCAGCAGCACGAAGAGCUGGAUCCUGAAAAAAGACCUUGGUGGUCCUACAUGGGAAGUCCUGUUUGGAAGAAGAGACAGCUUGACCGCCUCACGAGACGCUGCCAACACAUUCUUACCAGCUCCCUCUAGUAACGUGUCCACUCUGCGGGCUAAUUUUGCAGCUGUUGGCAUGGGUACCGACGAAGAUUUGGUAGCACUGUCAGGUGCUCAUACCUUUGGGAAAGGCCGUUGCGGUCUUGUCAGUGCCAGAAUCGGAGGAAAUCCUCCCGAUGCUACAAUCGAUCCUGAUUACAAUGCCACUCUUAACAGCAUAUGCUCUGCUGGUGCUGCGACAUUAGUGGACCUGGAUCAGGACACACCGACCGACUUUGACAAUGCAUAUUACUCGAAUCUGUUGAUACUGAGAGGAUAUUUCACCUCUGAUCAAGUUUUGCAGUCUACAGGCGGGUCCACAGCUGAUCUUGUGUCGUCCUACGCCAGCGACCAACUAACCUUCUUCACUGCAUUCGCAAAUUCCAUGAUCAAGAUGGGCAACUUAAGCCCUCUCGAAGGAACCGACGGCGAAAUUCGUGUGAACUGCCGAGUGGUAAAUUCCAAUGUGGCGACUAUGUAA